GGAGAAGAAGAAGAAGAGUUUGAGGAAUCAUGAAGGGAGAAUUAGAGUUGCCACCGGGUUUCAGAUUCCACCCUACUGAUGAUGAGUUGGUGAACCAUUAUUUGUGUCGGAAAUGUGCAUCUCUGCCUAUUUCCGUCCCUAUCAUUGCCGAGAUCGAUCUUUACAAGUUUGAUCCUUGGCAGCUUCCAGAUAUGGCGUUGUACGGUGAAAAAGAGUGGUAUUUCUUCUCUCCAAGAGACCGAAAAUACCCCAACGGAUGUCGGCCGAACAGGGCGGCCGGAAGUGGGUAUUGGAAGGCGACCGGAGCCGAUAAACCCAUCGGAAAGCCCAAGACACUCGGUAUAAAAAAGGCACUCGUUUUCUACUCCGGCAAAGCUCCAACCGGCGUCAAAACCAACUGGAUCAUGCACGAAUAUCGGUUGGCCAAUGUUGAUAGGUCCGCCGGCAAGAACAACAACAACUUGAGGCUUGAUGAUUGGGUGUUAUGCCGAAUUUACAACAAGAAAGGGAGUAUAGAGAAGCAUUUUCCGAGAGAAGAAAAAUCGUUGAGUUGCUCUUACCCAGAGAUGGAAGACGAGAAACCGGACAUUCGAAACAUGGGACCACCACCUUGGGCGAUGUCCAUGAAGAAUGAUGUCAUUGUACAAAUGGAUGGUUCGGUGUCGAGUUCCUCGGAGCACUUGCCGUCGCCGGGAAUCACGUGGGAGAAGGAGGGUGAGAGUCAAACCAAGUGGAAUGGGCUUGAUUUUGAGUUGGAUUUCAUAGACGACGGACCAUUUGCGGAUCAAGUUGAGUACCAGAUGGGGCAGCUGUCACCAUUACGGGACAUGUUCAUGUAUCUACCCGAGUCAUUUUAAUUAACGUAGACUCAAA